AUGGGCAUCGGUCCAAAGCCUCGGCCUGGGCUUCCAGCGCACUCUACCCUCUACUAUCUCAUCGUCCAUCUCGGCAUCUUCCUCGCAGAGAGCGCUGUUAUGGGCCUUAUGGGAUGGGUCAUGUCGCCCGUCACCCAAGGUCAGCUCACCGGAGGCGACGAUGCGACUGGAAACAUGCCUGGAUUCGUCUUUUUGAUGGCCUUCUUCUCGUGGCUCAACAGCGCCGCCAUUAUCGGUCUCUGGCUUGUCGAAGUCUACAAUCCACCUCUUGUCCGUGCCGCGGUACAGCUCUUCCUUCUCCUCCCGGCCAAUGCUAUUGUUGGAUUCUUCCUAGCUUGGCAGAACAACUGGACAGUCUUCCUUGGUCAAUGCAAGUAUGGCUCCAUCCUCUGCAAGUCGGUCUGGAAGUUGCUUGUGCGGAUUGAGGGCGUCUCCGCUUUUCUGAUUGGCCUCGUAGUUAUUCUCACCGUCAUCGACAUUAUCGCCUGCCUAUGGCUCUGGUUCCAGCAACGAAAGUCGCUCAAGCGGCUCGCGGCUAGGACAAACUCGAAGACUCAGUAG